AUGUCGGGUAGACACGAGAAAGAGAAGGGGGUCAAUGUCCAGGUGCUUCUCCGUUGCAGACCGUUUAGUGAGGAUGAGUUGCGGAACAACGCUCCGCAGGUCGUGACCUGUAGCGAUUACCAGAGAGAGGUGUCGGUUUCACAAAAUAUCGCUGGGAAACACAUAGAUAGAGUUUUUACAUUUGACAAGGUUUUCGGACCCAACGCACAACAAAAGGAUCUCUAUGAACAAGCUGUUGUCCCCAUAGUUAAUGAGGUAUUGGAAGGUUUCAACUGUACUAUCUUUGCUUAUGGGCAAACAGGUACUGGAAAAACUUAUACCAUGGAGGGUGAAUGUAAGAGGUCGAAGAGUGGACCGAAUGGGGAAUUGCCUUUGGGAGCAGGAGUCAUACCUAGAGCAGUUAAGCAGAUUUUUGACACAUUGGAGAGUCAAAAUGCAGAAUACAGUGUGAAAGUCACUUUCCUGGAGUUGUACAAUGAAGAAAUCACCGACUUGCUAGCCCCCGAAGAGAUUUCAAAGAUUGCCUUAGAGGACAAGCAGAAAAAGCAGUUGCCACUUAUGGAAGAUGGGAAAGGUGGUGUUCUUGUUAGAGGACUAGAAGAGGAAAUUGUGACAAGUGCUAAUGAAAUUUUCACUUUACUUGAAAGGGGAUCUGCUAAACGUCGAACUGCAGAAACUUUAUUAAACAAACAAUCUAGUCGAUCACAUUCUUUGUUUUCCAUAACGAUACACAUUAAGGAAGCAACACCUGAAGGUGAAGAGCUAAUAAAAUGUGGCAAAUUGAAUUUGGUUGAUUUAGCUGGUUCAGAGAACAUCUCUCGCUCUGGCGCUAGGGAGGGCAGGGCAAGAGAAGCUGGAGAAAUAAAUAAAAGUUUGCUGACAUUAGGACGAGUAAUAAAUGCUCUUGUGGAGCAUCUUGGACAUGUACCUUACAGGGAUAGCAAACUCACAAGGUUACUCCGUGAUUCACUUGGAGGUAGAACCAAGACCUGCAUUAUUGCAACCGUGUCUCCGGCUGUUCAUUGUCUUGAGGAGACCCUAAGCACACUAGACUAUGCUCACAGGGCUAAGAAUAUAAGGAAUAAGCCUGAGGUGAACCAGAAGAUGAUGAAAUCAACUCUGAUUAAGGAUCUCUAUGGUGAAAUAGAUCGGCUUAAGGCAGAAGUUUAUGCUACUCGAGAAAAGAACGGGGUCUACAUCCCUAAGGAGAGAUACUACCAGGAGGAGAGUGAGAGGAAGGCAAUGGCUGAUCAGAUUGAACAAAUGGGAGUUACUAUUGAAAACCAUCAGAAGCAACUGGAGGAAUUGCAAGCUAAAUAUGAGGGUCAGGUUCAACAGUGCUCUGAUUUGAGUAACAGACUUGACGCAACCAAAAAAGACUUGAAACAGACCAGUGAAUUGUUGGCAAAUACGGAAAAUGAAUUGAGACAAUGCAAGUAUUCCCUCAAGGAACGGGACUUUAUCAUAUCUGAGCAGAAAAAAGCAGAGAAUGCACUGGCUCAUCAAGCAUGUGUGUUACGGGCUGACCUGGAAAAAUCCCUCAAGGAUAAUGCUUCACUAUUUCUGAAAAUUGCCAGAGAGGACAAACUGAAUGAGGAUAACAGGUCAACUGUGGACACGUUUCAGGCUGAGCUGGUGCAGCAGCUUGGUACUCUUUGUAACACAUUGGCCACAUCGAUUUCUCACCAAAGCGAACACCUCCAGUGUGUUGAAAAUCUCUGUAACUCUUUUCUGGAAGUACAUGAUAAGGCUGCCAUAAAUUUAAAGAAGAAAGUAAGUGCUUCAAGGGCUCUGUAUAUCUCCCAUUUUGAGGCUGUACAGAAUGUUGUAAGGCUGCAUAAGGCCAAUACAAAUGCUGCUUUGGAUGAAAUAUCAGUUUUGGCUUCAUCAAAUUCAUGCUCUGUUGAAGAAUUUUUAGCUGCAGAGUCUGUUGAAGUGAAUUCAGUUUUCAGUGAUAUUCAGGAAACUCUAUCUAGUCAUCAAGGGGAAAUGGCACACUUAGCCAGAGAGCUUCGACAGAAAUUUAAUGCUAGUAUUGAGCACUUGAUGGAUACCUCGGAAAAUAUUCAUGGAUUUCUUGAUAAGCUUUUGGAAGAAUCAAAACGGUUUGAAGGACAUGUAAAUCAGGUUGACGAAAUGCAGACUAAGUGUAUCGUUGAAUUUCAGAAUGCUUAUGAGGAACAAUCUAAGUCAGAUGUGGAGAAGCUUAUUGCUGAUAUGACCUCUCUAGUCUCCAAAUGCAUGCAUCGCCAAAAAGAGAUGGUGGAUGCAAGGCUUGGUGAUCUCAGAGAAAGUAUAAAUGGAAACAAAGCUUUUGUGGAUGGGCAUCUUUCAAAGAUGGAAAGUAUUACAACAGAUCUGAAACGGAAAUGGCAGGAUUCCUUCACACAAGCGGAGAAUAAUUAUAAGGACAAUGCUGACUUCUCUGCUGCUAAGCAUUGUCGUAUGGAGUUACUUCUGCAAAAAUGUGUAAACACUGCCGAUACAGCUUUAGAGAGGUGGCAAAGAACACAAAAAUCAUUGAACGACAUGGGAAGUCAACAUGCCACCAUGAUUGCUUCACAUAUUAGGAACAUGUGCAACAGUAACGAACAACAUGACGCUGAAAUUGACUCUGCAAGGGUUACAGUUGAAGAAGAUAUCACAAAGAACAGUGAAGGCAUCCUUCAGUGUUUUGAUGGCAUGUCAGAGCAAGAGAGAGAAUAUGUUUCUGAAAUUUUAACGACUUCUAGAUUUCAUUCUGAAACUCUUGAGAUCCUUCAAAAAGAUCACUCUCAGCAGUCAGCCUGUAUCGAACAGCAUGCCGUUGAUACUUUCAGGCAAAAAUAUAUGGAUUAUGAGGUCACUGGCUCAACCCCAGUGAAAUCUGAGCAGGAUAUUCCUUGUAAGGCCACUAUCGAGUCACUACGAGCCAUGCCAGUGGAAGUCUUGCAAGAAGAAUUCCGAGAAAACCAUUCAAAUGAAUCUCUUCAAGUAAAGGAACCAAAGCCUUCGCUGAUUCCUCGCUCCCCACUUUCACAGAUCAACUAA